AGUGAAAAAAAAAAAGAAAUAAAGGUGAUAUUCAGAGGAAUUUUUAUGUUCAAAUAGCUUUACUUGUCAUUCCAGUUCCAGAAUGAUCACAUGGGUAUAUAUAAGUUACAUGGAGAUUUCUAGAUGCAAAUAGAGCUCUAGAUAAGAUUCUAGGAAAAAUCACAUUAGGAUCACUAUUCAAAAUUGGGAUUAACUUUUACUAUUCGCAUGAUUCUUUGUAUAUUUUAUACCUGCAUGAUCUAUUCCUUGUAUUGAUUUUUCUGUGACAAAACUGUUUUUCUUUGAUCUGGAUUCAAGAAUUCAAUUUUUUUACUUUACUCAUCAGUAGGGUGAGGAUGCUCAAUGGUGAAGCUCACGUAAACUUUCAGAUCAUGGUUAUGUCUUGUGGGGCUGUGGAUCGUGAGAAGGAAAAGAAGGUGGUGUUUGUAACGGUUGGGACUACUUGCUUUGAUGCUCUUGUCAAGUCUGUGGACUCUCGGCAUGUGAGGAAUGAACUAAAGAAGAGGGGUUAUACCAAUCUUCUUAUACAAAUGGGGCGUGGAUCUUACAUCCCAAGAAAGUCUUGUGGAGAAGAUGAGUCUCUUGUUGUGGAUUAUUUUACUUUCUCACCCAGUAUUGCUGAUUAUAUGAGGUCUGCAUCCCUUAUUAUCAGCCAUGCAGGAUCUGGAAGCAUAUUUGAGACCCUGCGAUUGAGAAAGCCAUUGAUUGUAGUUGUGAAUGAGGAUCUCAUGGACAACCAUCAGAGUGAACUGGCAGAAGAGCUUGCAGAGAGGAAACAUCUAUUCUGUGCCAGUCCUCAAACACUAGGUCAGACCAUUCAAACCAUGGAUUUGGAUUCACUUCUUCCUUUUCAAUCUGGAGAUGGCUUGCCUGUUGCAAAGCUAAUAAAUAAGUUCCUUGGUUUCCCUGCUGAAUGAUUCAUCCAAUAAUUCCUUGAACAUGUAUUUUUGUAAAUCACUUUCUUUCUGAAAUAAUGCAAUGACCUGCAGGCUGGUUAUUAUUAA